AAAAAAAUAUUAGCAAAACUAGUGAUCACCUCCCGACUCCCGUUACAUAACUAAUAAAACGAAAUAGCUAGUGUAGCUAACGCCCAACCAUCCCUCCAGAGGGCGCCAAGUCUAGUUACGGUUAUUUUCAUGCUUUUCUAUUGUUAGAUGGCUACGUUAACGCGAUUACUUUAUUAGAUAAAUGAAUACUUUUAACGAUAAAAAAAGACUACUUUAAUUGAAAUCUGUGAUUUUAUAAAGUAUAUAUUUGGCUACUUAGAUCCAGAAGAUAUAUAUAUAUAUUAAGGAAUCGAGAAACGACGUGGAUCUUCCAUAUUCUGACAGAUUUCAAUUAAGUAAAUACAGUAUUACGAAAAACUCCAUAAAAUGAAUCAAAAAGACUUAGAUACUCUUCUAGAACAUCAACAAAAGGGAUUGGCUGCAUGUUUUCAACAAAUAGAACAAUGGAAAAAGUUUAAAAGUGAUUAUGAAAAUUUGAAAAAUCGCUUAGAAACGUUAGCUGACAAAAUAUCAUAUGAUGUUAUGGUUCCACUUGGACCUUUGGCAUUUAUGCCUGGAAAGUUAGUACAUACUAAUGAAAUUACAGUGUUAUUAGGAGAUAAUUGGUUUGUUGACAGGUCUUCCAAACAAGCUACUGAAAUUGUUAAAAGAAGAAUUAAACAAUGUGAUUCAAUGUUAGAUAAAUUAGCUAAACAAAAAGAACAGUUUGAAAGUUGGAUUAAAUAUACAGAACAAGCAAAUGAAGAAGAUUUAGUUGAAAUAAGGGAAGAAUAUGAUCCAGUUAAAGAAAAACUUUGGAAAGAACAACACAGAAAAAAUAUUCAAGCUUUUCGAAAACAAUUAGCAGAGGAAAUUAAACUAGCUGAAAAUAAGGAAUUACACGAAAAGAAAAAAGCACUGUUAACUGAGAAAGUAUUAACAGAUGAAGAAUUACAAUUGAGAUUUAAAGAUCUUGAAAUACAAGAGAAAGAAAAUGAUGAAUUUGCUAAUUUAUCAGAAAAUUCUAGUACAGAAACUGCUGAAUCUGAAGAAGAGGAAGAGGAAGAAAAGGAAGAAGGAAAAGAAAUUGGUAAAAGAAUAACUUGGAAAGAUCAAAUCCAUGCAAAAUGCAAUGUUAUUACUUUUACUCAUACUAAAUUUGAAGAAGGCAGACAAGAAGCAACAGAUGAUUUGGAACCGAAAACAUCCGAAAGUGGAGCACCUCGUAUUCAAAGUCCCUCUGAUAUUUAUAAAGAAUUUGCAAAUAUAAUUAAACCAAAUGAACUAAAAUCAAUAUUAAAAACAACCAAGAUUAAAGAAAAUACAGAAACUGUGCCUUUAUUUGAUAAAACAGAAUCUGUUGAAAUAGUAAAUGAUAAAGAAAUUUAUCCUCUUCCUAAACAGUCGAAAUCUGUUGGAUUUAAAAAUACUGAAAUUUCUAAAAUUAAAAGCAGUUAUCAGACAGCUUUUAGUGGAGAAAUUCAAGAACGAGAAACAGGAUUGGGAGAAACUAUGGCAGUUUCGCGACCCAGGGUAUCGAAAUUUAAAUCUCAACGAAUGAACAUGAAAAAGUGAUACUAAACAAGAUUAUUAUAUUUUUAAAUGUAUGUAAAUAAAAUUGUUAUUUUUAAAAUG